GCUGCUUGGGACACGCCGAGCCCCGCAGCCUCCGCGCCGCUCGGGGUUGAAUUUCAGCCCGUGACCUGUUGCAACCGGCCCGUGCACGGCAAAACAACACCCCCAGCGGGGCUGGGCUGGGCGGCUGCACCCCAAAUCCUAAACGUGCAGGGUCUGCGCCCUCACCCCGCGACGCUGACCCUUGGCACGUGCAGCGGGGCAGCAAGGACGAGGGGACGGAGCCGUGGCCCCGCGCGUGAGUCAGCAGCGGCGGCGUCACGAGGAGGAGGAGGGCGAGAGGGGCAGGAAGGGUGCGCGGAGGCGGGCGUAGCCGAGCUUUAAAAGUCCUCCCGGGGACGGGGACAGGCUCGCCUCUGCUCUGGCUCCCGGCCACCCCGCCGUCCCCAUGGCCCCCGCAUUGGCCCUGCUGGCCCUGCUGGCCCCGGGGCUGGUGGUGGUGGCCCUGCCUGCCUGUGACUACCCGGCCCACCUCUGGUGCAGCUCGCGGGAGAUCGCCGUCGCCUGCCAGGCGGAGAGCCGCUGCGCCAACCUCUCGCACCCCACGGCUCCUCCCGUGGAGCUGAGCCUCUACUACGAGAGCUUGUGCCCGGCGUGCCGCGGCUUCCUGGUGGAGCAGCUCUUCACCACCUGGCUGCUGCUGCCCAGCGAGACCAUGAACAUCACGCUGGUGCCGUACGGCAACGCGCAGGAGAAGAAAGUCGGCGGCAAGUGGCAGUUCCAGUGCCAGCACGGCUCGGAGGAGUGCUUGGGCAACAUGAUCCAGGCCUGCCUGAUGCACGAGGGCGAGAACUUCACCACCUACUUCCCUGUCAUCUUCUGCAUGGAGUCGGGCACCUCCGCCACCAAAAACCUGGAGGCCUGCCUGCAGGUCUAUGCCCCGCAGCUGGACGCGGGCCGCAUCGCCGCCUGCGUGCGCGGGGACCUGGGGACCGCGCUGAUGCACCGCAACGCCCAGCUGACCGAGGCGCUCGACCCGCCGCACCAAUACGUCCCCUGGAUCGUCGUCAACGGGAAGCACACGGACGAGCUGCAGGAGCAGGCGCAGCGCUCGCUGCUGAGGCUGGUGUGCCAGCUCUACCAGGGGGAGAAGCCCGAGGGCUGCCAGAGCGCCAAGGCACCGAAACCCAGGGCGGUCUGCAAGCGCUGAGGCACGGCGGAUGAUGGAGGCUGGGAGCGCCGAGGAGCAAGAGGGGAAUAAAGAGCAAUGUGUUGUGGAACGAGAAAA